UUAUUAUUUUGUUUUGUCACGAUUUUCAGAAUAAUCGGAGCAGUUGCAGGGUUGCAGCUUUCAGAGAUUCAACGUGUUUGUGGACACCACCGACAACAAACGGCAACAAACGGCUGCAAGGACGGCCUCGUGUACGUGUACGACCUCCCUCCCAAGUUUAACGGCGACCUCCUUCGCAGGUGCGAGAACCUGAGCAUGUACACCAACAUGUGCCCGCACGUGGCAAACAGGGGGAUGGGGCAGCCGGUCCAAUCUAUGGGGCCCAGUUGGUUCGCGACCCACCAGUUCUUGGGGGACUUGAUGGUGCACGCACGGGUGGAGUCGCACGUGUGUAGGACGAACGACACGGGUUUGGCAACUCUGUUCUACGUCCCGUUCUACGGUGGGUUGCACGCGUCAAGCGUGUUUAGGGAGAAGAAUUGGGGGAAGAGAGACGGGUUGGGUGAAGAGUUGGUGGAGUACCUGAGCGAGCAGGCAAUGUGGAAGAGGCACCGCGGUAGGGACCACUUUGUCGCAAUCGGGAGAACUUCGUGGGAUUUCAUGAGAGACGACAAAGGGAUCGAUUUUGGUGCCAAUAGGUUUCUCCUCACCCCACCUCUUGCAAAUAUGUGGGUCCUCACCGUCGAGCGCCAUCCGUGGCAUCCUGGCCGUCAGAUAGGGGUCCCCUACCCCUCCUAUUUCCAUCCUGCUGAAUUUUCCGAGAUCCUGGAGUGGCAGAUAAAGGUGAGACAAGCACCCAGGACUCAUCUGUAUGCCUUUGUUGGUGGGCCUCGGCCCCCGGGUCUCGAGAAGGCUGCCGCGAGAGCUGAUAUAUUCAGCCAGUGCAACAUCUCCAGUCGGUGUCUCAGCCUCCAGUGCCGACCUGGAGCGAGCGGAUGCUACGAGCCUCCGGAGGUUCUCAGGGCUCUGUCCACUGCAGAGUUUUGUUUGCAGCCUCCAGGAGACUCUUUCACUCGCCGGUCCGUGUUCGAUUCGAUUUUGUCGGGAUGCAUCCCGGUUUUCUUCUCACCGCACACGGCGUAUACGCAAUAUCAAUGGUACCUGCCGGAGCAGAUUGGGGGUUACUCCGUGUACAUUCCUCCAGAGAAGGUCGGUAGAAUCGAAGAACAACUGAUGAGGAUCCCAAAGGCUCGGGUCGCAAGAAUGAGGAGCACAGUGAUCGACUUGAUCCCCAGGAUCACUUAUGCACGCCCCGAUGCCGGCGAUCCGGGCUUCCAGGAUGCCAUAGAUGUUGUGCUGUCGCGAUUGGCACGCCGUGUUCGAGCAGAGCUAGGGCCCUCACAGGAGAGCCAUGGACAAUCCUAAGGUGCACUUUAUUUUAAUUGGAAAUCUUACUAUGAUCCAUGGGCUAUGCAUAAAUCAUGGUCACUGCCCUAUCAAUAGAUGGAUGGUGAUGGUGAUGGAGCCAGAGUGAGACAUAUCAUAAAAAAUACUCCAAUGGUGAACACUAGCCUUUCCCAUCUCCAUUUAUCCAUUGACCAGAUGAUGGUGGGCAAACAAAUUACAAUUCUCAUACACCAUGGAAUUAUAGUAUGCUUUACCUUUUCUAUAAGUAGGGUUUGAACCCACAUUAAGAGCCUGUCAUAUGAGUUAGGCCCUCGAUCCCCUGCCCACUAAUAAGGGCACUUGUGAGAUGAACAUGUGCCAUUCUUUUGGCCCUUGGACUUCUUCCCUUCAACGCCUUUCAUUUGAUGUUAUGGGCUUGAGCCCUAGGUCCCCCCCCUCCUUGUAAGUGCAAGUGUAUGAUGAUAAAUUAUCAUUCUUUUGUUGAUUUUUUUACUACCAUAUUAUCAAAUAACAAUGUAUUAUUAUUUUA